AUGUUAUAUGCGGCAGGUGUGCCAGAUGAAGAGGCAAUGCAGAAGAGCCCCCAUGUGGGAAUUGCCUCGGCAUGGUGGGAAGUUGGCGAUCUUGGCAAAACGAUCAAAGAUUCAGUUGACAGGGAGGGAUUUCUGGGAUGGAGAUAUAACACAAUUGGUGUGUCGGACGGAAUCACGAUGGGCAAUGAGGGCAUGCGGUUUUCUCUUCAAUCUCGAGAGAUCAUUGCAGACAGCAUUGAGACGGUAACAUGUGCGCAGGCCCAUGACGCCUGCAUCGUCGUCCCGGGCUGUGACAAGAACAUGCCCGGUUGUGUUAUGGGUAUUGCGAGACACAACAGACCAUCUGUCGUUGUUUAUGGUGGCACCCAGAGAGGUGGCUUCAGCAAGACCCUCCAAAAGCCAAUCGACAUGAAUACGCCUUCUGAAGCCAGAGGUGCAUUCACGCUUGGAACUCUGAAGGACUGGUCAAAGGAUGGAAAAUACUCUGCAGAAGAGAUUCUUUCAGAUAUCGAGAAACACUCCGUACCGGGGGCCGGCGCCUGUGGUGGCAUGUAUACGGCAAACAGUUUGGCUACCGUGAUCGAGACGCUCGGCCUCACCCUACCGGGAUCUUCGAGUGCCCCAGCUGAAUCUCCAGCCAAGCUGCGAGAGUGCGAACGGAUUGGGGAGACCAUUAGAAUCUGCCUGGAGAAGAAUAUCCGACCUCGAGAUCUUCUGACCAAGAAGGCAUUCGAAAAUGCACUGGUCAUGAUUAUGGCCGUGGGAGGCUCAACUAACUCAGUCCUGCACGUUCUCGCAAUGGCAAAAACGGCAGAGAUCGACCUAACUCUCGACGAUUUUCAGCGUGUCUCAAACAAAACACCCUUUAUCGCCAACAUGGCCCCGAGUGGAAAGCACACCAUGGAAGACCUAUUCAACGUCGGCGGUAUACCAUCGGUGAUGAAGCUUCUAAUCGCCGGGGGACUUCUAGAUGGUACGGCUAUGACGGUCACCGGCAAGUCGUUGGCAGAGAACGUCAAGGCCUGGCCUUCUCUCCCUCAGGGCCAAGAGAUCAUUCGGUCUUUAAGCAAUCCGAUAAAAUCCAGUGGCCACAUAGAAAUACUCCGAGGAAAUAUCGCACCUGGAGGGGCUGUGGCCAAGAUCACUGGCAAGGAAGGCUUGCACUUCGAGGGGAAGGCCAGAGUCUUUGACAAAGAAGAGUUUCUCUGCACCGCCCUAGACAAGGGUGAGAUUCCACACGAUGAGAAUAUUGUUCUCGUCGUUCGCUAUGAGGGCCCCAAAGGAGGCCCCGGGAUGCCUGAGCAGCUUCGAGCUUCUGGUACCUUAAAAGGAGGUGGCUUCACGAAUGUCGCAUUGAUAACUGACGGUAGAUAUUCCGGUGCAAGCCAUGGCUUCAUCGUUGGACACAUUGUCCCAGAAGCGGCCGUAGGCGGCCCCAUUGCCGCAAUCAGGGAUGGAGAUGUCAUUAGAAUCGAUGCUGAGAACAAUAAGAUUGAGAUGCCCCACGUCUCAGACGAGGAGAUUCAAGAGCGAUUAAGAACGUGGAAGCCACGGCGGCUUCCAGUAACUCGCGGCACAUUAGCCAAGUAUGCUCAUCUCGUGUCCAAUGCAUCAGAAGGUGCAGUUACAGAUAUAUUCUGA